CCGCCGUUCCCUCCAACAGCCCAACUAGUUUCCCCGGUUCUUCUGUCGCUUCAGCUCUUCGGCUCGCGCUGCUUCUCCCCGCUGAGGCUUCCUCCUUGUCGUGGAUGGAUUUGGCCCGGAUGCCUCCCGUCUACUAACAUGGACGCCCCGGCGCUCGCUCAGGCGGAAGGCUCAGGCUCAGGCUGCUGCUCGGCGCAUUGAGACGGACACGCAGAGGAGGCUGGCGGCCGGAGCCGCGACCAUGCCGUGAUCAUCCCGUCCUGCACACCGCACGAUCCGGGGGGAGCCUUUCUACAACGAUCCAAAGGGAAUUAAAAAAACAAAAACAAAACAACAGCAAGAAAACAACAACAACGACAACAUCAACAACAAAAAAAGACAACAAAAGACCUGUCCGUUCUUCUGUUUUCAUCCGCAGGCAUCAUGAAGAUUACCUCCCCGCUCAUAACUCAUGCCAGAUUCAGGUGCUGUGUCAGGCUUCUGCUGCUGCUUCUCUUAUGUGUGGGAUAUUCUCGAGGAAUGCCGCACGUUUUGAGAUUCGGUGGAAUUUUUGAAUCCAUUGAAAGUGGUCCAUCAGGUGCUGAAGAACUAGCCUUUAAGUUUGCUUUAAAUACAAUCAACAGAAACAGAACUCUACUGCCAAACACAACACUCACAUACGACAUCCAAAGGAUAAACAUCCACGACAGCUUCGAGGCUUCCAGAAAAGCCUGUGACCAACUCUCUCUGGGAGUAGCAGCCAUUUUCGGACCCUCUCACAGCUCCUCGGCCAACGCGGUCCAGUCCAUCUGCAAUGCGCUGGGGGUGCCGCACAUUCAGACCAAGUGGAAGCACCAAGUAUCAGACAACCGCGACUCUUACUAUGUCAGCCUCUACCCGGACUUCUCCUCGCUCAGCAGGGCCAUCCUGGACCUGGUGCACUUCUUCAAGUGGAGGAUGGUCACGGUGGUGUACGACGACAGCACAGGUCUGAUUCGGUUACAGGAGCUCAUUAAGGCACCAUCUCGUUACAAUAUCCGGUUAAAAAUCCGACAGCUGCCAGCGGAGACAAAAGACGCCAAGCCGCUGCUUAAGGAGAUGAAGAGAGGGAAGGAGUUCCAUGUGAUCUUUGACUGUGGCCAUGAGAUGGCUGCUGGCAUACUCAAACAGGCUCUGGCCAUGGGGAUGAUGACAGAGUACUACCACUAUAUUUUUACCACACUGGACCUGUUUGCUCUGGAUGUGGAACCGUACCGGUACAGCGGCGUGAACAUGUCAGGAUUUCGCAUCUUAAACACGGAGAACAGCCAGGUGUCGUCCAUUAUUGAAAAGUGGUCCAUGGAGCGCCUGCAAGCACCCCCCAAACCAGACUCUGGCUUAUUAGACGGCUUCAUGACGACGGACGCGGCUCUGAUGUACGAUGCAGUGCAUGUGGUGGCUGUGGCUGUCCAGCAGUCUCCUCAGAUCACGGUCAGCUCCCUCCAGUGCAACCGGCACAAACCCUGGCGCUUUGGCAACCGUUUCAUGACGCUCAUCAAAGAGGCCCACUGGGACGGCUUGACCGGACGGAUAAAUUUCAACAAAACCAACGGCCUGAGGACAGAUUUCGAUCUGGAUGUGAUCAGCCUGAAGGAGGAAGGAUUGGAGAAGAUUGGCACAUGGGAUCCUGUAAGUGGUCUGAAUAUGUCUGAAAGCCAGAAAGGAAAGAUGGCGAACGUCACAGACUCGCUUACCAACAGAACACUCUUUGUAUCUACAAUACUGGAGGAGCCCUACGUGAUGUUCAAGAAGUCGGACAAGCCUCUGCACGGCAACGAUCGCUUCGAGGGCUUCUGCAUCGACCUGCUGCGCGAGCUCGCCAGCAUCCUGGGCUUCGUCUACGAGGUGCGGCUGGUGGAGGACGGCAAGUACGGCGCGCAGGAGGAAAGCACGGGCCAGUGGAACGGUCUGGUCCGUGAGCUGAUGGACCACAAAGCUGAUCUUGCAGUGGCUCCGCUGGCCAUCACCUACGUGCGGGAGAAGGUCAUCGACUUCUCCAAGCCCUUCAUGACGCUGGGGAUAAGUAUUCUGUACCGCAAGCCCAACGGCACCAACCCGGGGGUGUUCUCCUUCCUCAACCCUCUCUCCCCCGACAUCUGGAUGUAUAUUCUGCUGGCUUACUUGGGUGUCAGUUGUGUGCUGUUUGUCAUAGCCAGGUUUAGCCCCUACGAAUGGUAUAACCCCCACCCGUGCAACCCCGACUCGGACGUGGUGGAAAACAAUUUCACUCUGCUAAAUAGUUUCUGGUUCGGAGUUGGAGCUCUCAUGCAGCAAGGGUCUGAGCUCAUGCCCAAAGCCCUUUCCACCAGAAUAGUAGGAGGCAUCUGGUGGUUCUUCACCCUCAUCAUCAUCUCCUCCUACACGGCCAACCUGGCCGCCUUCCUCACCGUGGAGAGGAUGGAAUCGCCGAUCGAUUCAGCCGAUGACCUGGCGAAGCAGACCAAGAUCGAGUAUGGCGUAGUGGAGGACGGCUCCACCAUGACCUUUUUUAAAAAAACAAAGAUCUCCACCUAUGACAAGAUGUGGGAGUUUAUGAGCAGUCGCAGGCAUUCCGUCAUGGUGAAGAGUGUGGAGGAGGGGAUCCAGCGGGUGCUCACCUCGGAUUACGCUUUCCUCAUGGAGUCCACCACAAUCGAGUUCGUCACCCAACGCAACUGCAACCUCACACAGAUCGGAGGCCUCAUCGACUCCAAGGCCUACGGAGUUGGAACUCCUAUGGGCUCUCCGUACCGAGAUAAGAUCACCAUAGCCAUCCUGCAGCUGCAGGAGGAGGGCAAGCUGCACAUGAUGAAGGAGAAGUGGUGGAGGGGGAACGGCUGCCCGGAGGAGGAGAGUAAAGAGGCCAGCGCCCUGGGCGUGCAGAACAUCGGAGGAAUCUUCAUCGUUCUGGCCGCCGGACUCGUCCUCUCUGUCUUUGUGGCAGUGGGGGAGUUUCUCUAUAAGUCCAAACAAAACGCACAACUCGAAAAGUCAGUUAAUGAGCACCCAUCAGCAGCGGUAGUGGAGGCCAGCGCUGAGGAGAAGGCUGUAGAUGGAGGUCCUUCUGCAGUGCCAUGGUGGAGGAGUUGCGAGUGUCCCUCAAGUGCCAGCGCCGCCUCAAACAUAAGCCUCAACCCCCCGUCAUGGUCAAAACAGAGGAAGUCAUCAACAUGCACACCUUCAAUGACCGGAGACUGCCAGGCAAAGAGACCAUGGCUUAAAGUAGACACUUGCUCUCUCUUUCUCGGGCCGGAGGAGGGGGAAAAACGGAGAGAGUGGUAGGGCUGGGCUGGGCGGGGCGAUAGCUACAUUUCUACGCGGGAGGGUGGGAGAUUAGGAACGUGAUUUGCUCAGAGUGUUAAAUGUCAUCGUUGUUUCAAAAGAGAAUUAGCUACUACAGAUUUAACAGAAACUGAGACACUAUUUCCUGUGGAAAUAACUCGAUUCUGGGCAAAAUUCAAGUGAGAGUUACCUCAUCACUCCUGCCACCAGGGCAAGGACUGAUACUGGUACUGGUGUUCAGGAUAACUUCUGAAGAAAAAAUCCAGAAACAAACGAAGCAGAGGAGUAGGAUCAACCAUAUGUGUGUGGCUGGAGUUGGACUGUCCCUUCAUUAUGUUCACAUUAGUUUAGGUUCGUGAAUCUGUAAAAUCUCUUUUGCGCCACUCAAUCAUUCUCUAUCCAGAGGCCACAUAGAGAAUAGUUGAGUCCGUAAGAAGAGAGCUAAAAGAAUCAUGUAGACAAAUAUACAAAAAGGAGGGAAGAAUCUAUAUGGCAACAUGGGUAAAAUAGUAUAUCUUUUUAAAGUGUAUAUUUGUGCUGAAAAUUCUCAUCAAAUAUCAAAUAUCAAUUCUUACUUACACAGUUCCAGUCAAGAGCAACCCAACCCAAUCCAUUCAGAAAGAAAGAUGUUGAAAUGCUGUCGAGGUUUGAGCCGCAGCCAAACGGCUCUGUAAUAAAGACAUGUCUUACUCCGAAUCCAAUCCAUUGAAAUCAGAGUAGAAACAUGGAUCACGCAUCAGGCAAUAAAUGACUUAAUUUGCUCGCAUUUCAAAUCACUACCACUUCCAUACAACACAACACAAAGUACGAAGAGCGUUUUUUUUCAGAGGAAGAAUAAUACAAAAAAAUACAUCACACACAGAUCCAUUAUUUGUAUAAAUGUGUGGGUAAAGAGAAGGUAGGUCAUGAUUACCUGUCUCAGUUUUUGUCUCACAUGCACACACACACACCGGUAGAGUAAUACAGUAAUACAGUAAGUAAUACAGCAUCACCACAACAAAGACGUGCCUAUGAUCGGCCCCUGAAGAACCUCGGGACGCUCUUCGUCACCGCUGCAAGAUCUAGGUCAGCAUUCAGUUCGGCAACUCAACGAACAAGAGAAAACGAAACAACGACAACAACGAAAACUCACAGCUCUCAUGCUAUAUUUAUUCAAGUAUUUAUUCUUUUAUUUAUUUAUUUUUAUUUUUUGAAUACGGUUUCGAUGGACUGGUUCACAAUAGCUAUGAACAUACAUAUAUGAAUUAAACUCCUGUGCAUAUUAUCUUUUUUUUUUCUUUUUUUUUAACACACACAAUCUAGUUCAUUUCAAUGUCGAGUUUCUCGUUUGUACUUUUUUGUGGAUUUGAUUUCAGAAACAGGACUCCUCACAAACUUGUGCAAAUGCAAAAUUUAUAUAUAUAUAAAAAAAGUGUUUUUUGUAUGGAGAAAAAAAAAAUAUCAAAAAUUUUGUAAUAAUUUUUAUCAACACAAGAUUGACCAUGGGCAUCUUUCUCUUCUUCUGGUGGAUGGAUUGCCCUGCGGAGUCUCCAAUCUAUAGAGUGUUAAAGUUGUGGGGGCCCUGGGACCACUGUGUGUCCACGUACACGGACCAGCCUCAUUAGACUACACUAAAAAAAACACACACACACGAAACACACAGACACACCCAGGACCAUAUCACCCGGCCUCUGUGAAGAGGACGCAGAGCCAGUGUCCAUGAUCCGUGGCCUCCAUGGACAGGGGACGCCUUUUAAGGUCCACACAAAGGGAGGAGUGCUCAGCAUGCCAGGCAGUGUUGAAGUGAUACACACAUUUUGGACAGAUCCUAUUUUUAUCAUGUAAAUGAAUCAUAUUUAAAGAAAGAUAUUUUUACUUGAGGUUAAUGAUAGUGACACUAAUACUGACGAGACAAAAAUACGUAUAUAUAUACAUAUACAUACGACGAGAGAAGCGAUGAGGGCAACCACUGUUGCUUCUCAUUCUACACUCCUGAUUUUUUAAUAGACUGCUAGUACUCAGUGCAGAGAAGCUGUGUGUAAAUGGUUUAAGAGGGAUUUAAGAUGUAUUUAAAGAAUUUAAAGAUGCUAAACUAAUUUUGACCAUGUUGUGAAAAACAAAAUCAAUUGUGCACACAAUUUACUGUCUGAAUUUGAUGCACAAGUUUAAAGAAAAUCAUUAAAAAGUUCAACAUA